UGAUAAACUGAUAACAUCGUUGAGACUAAACGCUAAAAGGCUAGUUUUAGCAACAAGCCUUUAGCAAUAAACGUUGUUGUCACUUGUGAGUAAAAUAGAUGACCGGAAGAGUCUUUGGAUCGAAUUCUGUUGUAGUUAUCGAAAACUAGGCUAUUUAAAUUAUUUAAUAAUUUUUAUAAUUUCUCAUCGUUCCGUUCUUGAUGUAUUAAUGCUGUGGUUUGUUCAAAAUUGAAUCAUCUCAGUUUACGUGGCUAAAAGAUUAUUGAACGACAAUUCAGUAACUCUUUAAAAUAACCUCCUUCAACCCCAACGUUAAAUACAGAAGAUUCAUAGCAAUAUAUAGUGUCAUAGCCGUCAUAUCAAACUGCUCGACCAAUGGCGAACUCCAGAUGCUGUUUCGGGUGUUCUAACGUGCGCAAGGGUGCUUGGGUGAUAUCAAUUUUCGACAUGGUGAGUAACGAGAAAUAUUAUUUUAUUUCAAUUAUUCAUGUUCAAUUAUUUAUUUAUUUUCAGCGUAACGUUCAAAGUAUUAAUCAGUGGUUGGUGAUAAACUCAAUAUUUUUUGUAUUCUUUAUUCUUUUUAUUGGUUUUACUACUGUCAAAAAUGCAUCACCUGAUAUAAUUCCUAUUGGAAUUCCUGUUAGCAUUGUUGUAGUAUACCAGAUUUAUGUGGUGAAAUGUUUUUAUGAUGAUGAACUUAAUACUAUAACUCCGCCUACGUUGCAUGCCACACCAUAUGUGACCAUAACCAGUCAAACUCUUCCGACCCCAGUCUAUCCUGUGCAAGGUGGACCUUAUGUUAUUCAACAAGUACAUCAACCCAUUACACAUUCUCCUUAUCCUCAGCAAACAUAUGAGUAUCAGCCACAACAACAAACUUCUUCUCAGCCUCACGUGGCUAUACCUGUGCCAAGCCAACAAAGUAUUCAGGAGUAUUGUARCCCACCACCAUAUUCUCCAAGUUACACACAAGAAGGCUCUUCAGUGAAACAAUAAUUACUUAUUAAAACUAUUCAAUCCUUUAUCUUAUACAAYCAAUCCAAUACUUUUUUUUAUUAUGAUAUAUACAUUUCUGACUAUCUUGUAUGUGUUAUGUGUUAAAAAGUACAAAUUGUUUAUUGUAUGUAUACAAUAAUACAAUAUUAUUAAUUACUACUUAUUUUAUAUUUAAUGAAUCAUGUGAAGUGCUUUGUGUUAAUCAUUUUAGCACUAAAUACUUAUUUAUGUAAAUCUCAUUCAUUGCUUAAAAAGGAUAAAAGUGUGUAUUGAGCUUAGUUUUUAUAAUUAGUUCAGGUUUUUGUGAGUUAAAAUAAGUGAUUUUUAAACUAUAAAAAAAGAAAACCCCCCAUUAAUUUAUGUGUACAAUUUUUCAGUAGUUAUGUA